AUGGCUGCCCAAGCAGACAACACUUUGUCAUUGUCAGAAAAAAAUAAGAAAAGAGGUUGCAACUUUAGUGCAUAUGAGAGGGAAAUUCUCAUAACUGAAUAUGAAAAAGUAAAGGACAAAUUAAAUAACGCAAAGGUAUCACAAGAUGCGAAACAAAAGAUGUGGGAUUGUAUUGGAAGUGCUGUUUCACUUGCUGGAGUUGGGAUAAGAACAGGAAAAGAUGUGAGAAACAAAUUUCACAACUUGAACUGGGUUGCAAAGUCAACAGAAAUGCAACAAAGAAAGCAUUUGAAGGGAACAGGGGGUGGACCACCAUCUGAAAAACCGCCCGAGGAGGUGCUCCGCCUUAUUAACAUCAAUAAGGCAGACCCAGGCUUCAGUGGGAUUCCUGGUGGGCUAGAAACCACAAUUGCAGCAGAGAAGGCGCUUGCCAACUUCUGUCAUGAUUCAUGUGCCACUUGA